GCUGCCCCGGAUGUAAUCCAUCGAGCCACCGGAUAUUGCCGCGCGUCGCAAGCAAAAGGCCCUUUUCCGUCUCUGAGAAGUGUGGUACAGAACGGCUGACACAAUGACUACCGAGACGUGGGAGACCGCACCAGCCGUCGCUGAGUCUCCGGAGAUCAAGCUUUUCGGGAAGUGGAGCACCGACGAUGUGCAGAUCAACGACAUCUCUCUGCAGGAUUACAUUGCUGUGAAGGAGAAGUACGCCAAGUACCUGCCCCACUCCGGUGGUCGCUAUGCCGCCAAGCGUUUCCGCAAGGCGCAGUGCCCCAUCGUGGAGCGCCUCACCAACUCCAUGAUGAUGCACGGCCGCAACAACGGCAAGAAGCUCAUGACCUGCCGCAUCGUCAAGCACGCCUUCGAGAUCAUCCACCUGCUCACCGGCGAGAACCCCCUGCAGGUGCUGGUGAACGCCAUCAUCAACAGUGGGCCCCGUGAGGACUCGACCCGUAUCGGGCGUGCCGGUACCGUCAGGAGACAGGCUGUGGACGUGUCCCCACUCCGCAGGGUCAACCAGGCGAUCUGGCUGCUGUGCACAGGAGCGAGAGAGGCUGCGUUCAGGAACAUCAAGACCAUCGCUGAGUGCCUCGCUGAUGAGCUCAUCAACGCCGCCAAGGGGUCUUCUAACUCCUACGCUAUCAAGAAGAAGGACGAGCUGGAGAGAGUGGCCAAGUCUAACCGUUAAAACAUGUUGGGUUUUUCAACUUAAUAAACUUGAGGUUAUGCUA